AUGGCCAGCUACCCCUACGGGCAGGGCUGCCCAGGAGCUGGAGGACAAGCACCCGGAGCCCCUCCGGGUAGCUACUACCCCGGACUCCCCCAUGCUGGAGGGCAGUAUGCUAGCGGGGUCCCCCCUGGUGGCGGAUAUGGAGGAGGUCCUGCCCCUGGAGGGCCUUACGGACCACCAGCUGGCGGAGGGCCCUAUGCACACCCCAACCCUGGGGGGCUCCCUUCUGGAACUCCGGGAGGACCAUAUGGUGGCGCGGCGCCAGGGGGCCCCUAUGGACCACCACCUCCAAAUUCCUAUGGUGCCCAGCAUCCCGGGCCUUAUGGACAGGGACCACCUCCUCCAGGUGGCACCGCUUCCAGUGUGGAUCCUGAGGCUUACUCCUGGUUCCAGUCAGUGGACUCCGACCACAGUGGCUAUAUUUCCACCAAGGAGCUGAAGCAGGCCCUGGUCAACUCCAACUGGUCCUCGUUCAACGACGAGACAUGCCUCAUGAUGAUAAACAUGUUUGACAAGACCAAGUCAGGCCGCAUUGAUGUCUACGGAUUCUCAGCCCUGUGGAAGUUCAUCCAGCAGUGGAAGAACCUCUUCCAGCAGUAUGACCGGGACGGCUCGGGCUCCAUUAGCUACACAGAGCUGCACCAAGCUCUGUCCCAGAUGGGCUACAAUCUGAGCCCCCAGUUCACCCAGCUCCUGGUCUCCAGCUACUGCCCGCGCUCCGCCAGUCCUGCCAUGCAGCUAGAUCGCUUCAUCCAGGUGUGCACCCAGCUGCAGGUGCUGACCGAGGCCUUCCGGGAGAAGGACACAGCUGUGCAGGGCAACGUUCGGCUCAGCUUCGAGGACUUCGUCACCAUGACAGCUUCUCGGAUGCUAUGACCCGCCCAUCUGUAAAGUGGGGAGUGCACCAAGGGACUUUUCCUAGCUCCUAGGGUGGGAGAAGCAUGUGGACCUCUCUUCAUUUCCUGCCCUUCCUAGAAAAAGAAUUCUCCCUUGCCUGA